UUUUCAGCGUGUGUGUGUUUGCGUGUGUGUGUGUGUGUGUUUGCGUGUGUGUGUGUGUGUGUGUACUCAUGGAUGUGUGUGUAUGAGAUGGUUUCACUCUGGUUUUAUUCUCCCUCUGAGAUGAUCUGACAGUGUGACAAGGGUUUUGUGAGAUAGAGAAACAUCCUCCCCCAGUUUCCACGGUGACGGCAUCCCCCCACGCUCCUCCUCCUCCUCCUUCCCCUGCUGCUGCGCGCCUCCUCGUCCUCCUUCGUCUCCGGUCGUGUGCUGUUGGCUUGUUGCUACCAUCAGGAUGGGGGAUAAAGGAACCAGGGUGUUUAAGAAAGCCAGCCCGAACGGAAAGCUCACCGUCUAUCUGGGAAAGAGGGACUUUGUGGACCACGUGGACCUGGUAGAACCUGUUGAUGGCGUGGUUCUGAUUGAUCCAGAGUACCUGAAGGAGAGGAAAGUGUUCGUGACUCUGACCUGCGCCUUCCGCUACGGUCGGGAGGACUUGGACGUCCUGGACCUGACAUUCCGGAAGGAUCUGUUUGUGUCCAACGUUCAGGCGUUUCCUCCUGAGCCCGAGGAGAAGAAGAGUCUGACUCGUCUUCAGGAGCGUCUGAUCAAGAAGCUGGGAGAACACGCCCACCCGUUUACCUUUGAGAUUCCUCUGAACCUGCCGUGCUCCGUCACCUUACAGCCAGGACCAGAGGACACUGGGAAGGCCUGUGGCGUCGACUUUGAGGUGAAAGCUUUCUGUGCUGAAAACCUGGAAGAAAAGAUCCACAAAAGGAACUCGGUGCGUCUGGUGAUCAGGAAGGUCCAAUACGCUCCGGAGAAACCAGGUCCUCAGCCCACCGCCGAGACCACCCGGCAGUUCCUGAUGUCCGACAAACCUUUGCACCUGGAGGCCUCGCUGGACAAAGAGAUUUAUUACCACGGGGAACCCAUCAGCGUCAACGUCCACGUCACCAACAACACCAACAAGACCGUGAAGAAGAUGAAGAUCUCCGUGCGACAGUACGCUGACAUCUGCCUGUUCAACACGGCGCAGUACAAAUGCCCGGUGGCCGUGGAGGAGUCCGAUGAUGUCGUUGCUCCCAGUUCCACCUUCUGCAAAGUCUUCACCCUCACACCGUUUCUGGCCAACAACCGGGAGAAACGAGGCCUGGCUCUGGAUGGGAAACUGAAGCACGAGGACACCAACCUUGCCUCCAGCACACUCCUGAGGGACGGAGCCAACAGGGAGAUCCUCGGCAUCAUCGUGUCCUACAAAGUCAAAGUGAAGCUGGUGGUGUCUCGAGGCGGGCUCCUGGGAGAUCUGGCUGCCAGUGACGUCUCCGUUGAGCUGCCCUUCACAUUAAUGCACCCGAAGCCUUUAGAAGAGUCCAUCUGCAGAGACGCUCCAGAUGAAGCUCCAAUCGACACAAACUUGAUAGAGUUUGACACAAAUGAUGAUGACAUCAUCUUUGAAGACUUUGCUCGCCAGAGGCUGAUUGGAGCCAAAGACGAGAAGGAGGAGGACGAGGAGCCGGUGGAUUCGCCCAAACUGGAAGACAGAUAAAGGAUGAGAUGUUGUCUUGCUGCUGUGUAGUGUGGAGAUGGCAGAGGUCACCAGUAGGCCAACCCACAGUCUGGACACCCUUCAAACUCUAGGUGGCGCCGUGUUUCUGUGUUCCUUCAUGUUCGUCUUCUCUCUGCAUCCUGCGGAUGAGAGGCGCAGCCUUGUGUUUUCAGACGGAGCAGCUGCAGGAGCUCUGGGAGGAUGGAGGAGACGGCGGGAAGCAUGCCUCUGAUGUCUCUUUGUUCUUCGUGUUCCCAUUAGAGAGCGAGCAGGAGUCCAGUUAGCGCCGGUAGUUUGUGUCGAAAGGACUUUAUAAACAACGCUGCCACGCUCGGAAGACCUGUGACGGUUCCCCUCUGUCAGGGUCCGAUCUCCCACAUCUGCUGGGCGAUCUGCAGGACCAGCAACAGGAAGAGAAACCAGUGCAUGAAAUAUAUAAUAAUACUGUAUUAAUGUCACAAAUAGUUACAGAAGUUAAAAUGGUUUAUUGGGUUUGGUCCCAGCAGCAGCCAUGUUGGACAGGACCACCAGGAAAGGUGCAAGUCAGCAGAACUCCUUCAGCCCGUUUCACUGGUUCUGGGUGUUUUUUUUCAGUCGGACCCGUUUUCACUGGCAGGGUCUGCAACGAGGUGCGAGAAUUAUCAUCUAUUUCAUCUUUUCUGUCAAACACCUGGUUUCAGUAAGCCAAAACAUUAUGACCCAUCCCUAACAUGCCUAGGUGUUUGUGUUUUUCUCUGGUGGUCAUAAUGUUAUGGCUGACUGUAACAGCCACCAGGUCUCAAGUCCUGUAAACUGAGACUGAUGGAGAUUAAACGCCCCAGACGUAAUCCUCAUCUCAGUGUUCGAGCGCGUUGCUGGCCAGUUUAUUAGGUACGCCUCACUGGUACUCGUUUUUACUUCCUUCUACCUUCAGAACAUCGCUAAUUUUUCAUGUUACAGAUCCAACCGGGUGUUUUGAAUAUUCUUCUGAGGUUCUGGUCCACACUGACAUGACAGCAUCAGCUCCAUCUGUGACGAGAACUUCCCAUUCCACCUCAUCCCAAAGGUUCUGGCCUGGACUGAGUUCUGAUGACUCUGGGGUUUGCUGGAGUCCAGCGAACUUAUGUUCUAGAAACCGGUUACAGGUGAUCUGAGCUGCAUUAAGCUGCUGAAAGUAGCAUCAGAAGAUGGGUCCAGGGAUGGACAUAGUCUGCAACAACACCCACGUAGGCUAUGGUGUUAAACCAGCCUCAGGCGGGACCAGGGGCUCCAGUGUUAGACAACGUCUCCCAUCUUCCCCCCACUACUGUCACACCAGCAGCAGCAGCAGCAGCCUGGAGCGUUGGUACAAGGCAGGAUGGAUCAUGUUGGUGACUCCAAAUUCUGAGCUGACAGAUUAAAUCCAGACUCAUCAGACCAGGAAAGCUUUUCCAGUCUCCUUUGGUCUGUGUAAAUUUUAACCUCAGGUUUCUGUCCUUAGCUAGCUGGUGUGAUAUUUUGCUGCUGGAGGCCACCUGGAGCAGCUUCUGCGGACCUUGGGAGGAACCAGAGUUGAUCUGAGCUGUCAUUGUCUCUCCAUCCACCAGAACCAGUACGACCAUUCUUUGUAGACCCUAAAGAUGGUUGUAGGUUCAAAUCCCUGUGGGGCACAACAGUAUGUUACCAAACACCGUGCUACAUUCAAAGUUCCUUAAAUCUUUUAUAGUUUCUGAUCUGGUGCUCAGGCUGAACUAGAUGAGUAAAAGCUGCUGUCUGAUUGGCUGGUUGGAAAAGUGUACCUAAUAAAGUGGCCGACGUGUUGGUUUUGUUGGAUGCAGUGCUGCCCCCCUGUGGUGGUAAUAUAGAAAUUUUGACUCACAAAGAAGGGAAAAAACUAUCGUUCAAAUCAAUAAAAAAAAAAGUUUUGAGUUUUACGUUUGUUUGAGAUUUAAAGUUUUGGCCUUAAAUGAGCAAAAAACAAAAAAAAAGUUAUUCUCUGUUAAUAUAUUCAUGUUUAUGCAGCAGACCUGAUGAUCUUAGACCAGGAGCUGUUUUAUUUUAUACAUUUCUUAAUCAUCUGAGUGACUGAUGUCGCUUCAGCGAUGGAGGAACUUCACCUGAAACGUUACGUGGAAACGUUUAUAGUGUGAUAUAAAAUGUAUUUGUAUUUUAUCUGUAGUUUAUUUUGAGUAUAAUAAAGUAUUUAUCUGGACA